UUUGUAGGAAUGGAGGGGAAAAAAUUGAUUUCUGCAACAGACACACAGUAUUCUAAUGUGCUCCUUCAGUCUUUGAAUGAACAACGUGGCCACGGACUUUUUUGUGAUGUUACCGUCAUCGUGGAGGACCGGAAAUUUCGAGCUCACAGAAACAUCCUUUCGGCCUCAAGCACGUAUUUUCACCAGCUUUUCUCAGUCGCUGGGCAAGUGGUUGAACUGAGCUUUGUAAGAGCAGAAAUUUUUGCAGAAAUUCUUAACUAUAUUUAUAGUUCCAAAAUAAUCAGCAUUCGAUCCGAUUUACUUGACGAACUGAUUAAAUCAGGACAGCAGCUGGGUGUUAAAUUCAUAGCUGAUCUGGGCGUACCUCCAUCUGAAGGAAAAAACAUGCCAAGCGAGGUCAAAGACGGUGCUUCAAAAACUUCAACUUCUAGUCCAGGUCAAAAGGAUGCUGAAACACAAGUACCUGUAAUAAGGCCAGAGAGUCAAGAGGUAACGGAUGGGAUGCCGGUUAUAACACAGUCAUUCUCCUUACAUGGCAUAGAAUACGAGCCUACAAAAAUUACAGUGAGUGAUUCAGAUGAUGAGGAUGAUGAUGUAAUUUUUUGCUCCGAGAUUGUUCCUCCAAAAGAAUGUACUAAAGAUACAAAUGCUGCAACCCAGAACCAGCCUUGCCCAAGUCCAGCUGGAGUUUCUGACCAAAAAUCAUGUGGCCGUGGUGGCUCUCCCCAUUUGACGAGCACCACAGCAGCUCAAAAACUCACUUCAUCUGCCAGUCAGCUAAGCCCAAACCAAACACAAUCAAGUGCCAAAUCACUUGUCUCUGCAACACCGCAGCAUUUGACUCCUAAUAUCAUUGUGCUAAAUAAGCCUCUACUUAACUCGUCGCUCGGUGCCAGCUCCUCGCAUCAAACACAUGUGACUCCUACAAUUAAUUUACUUGAGGAGAACCAGCAGCCAUCUAAUAAUGGCUCCUUAACUGAAGUGGAAACAACUGCUGUUGAUGAUGAAGAGGUUGUUGAAGAUGAUGUCGAUAUCAUUAGCUCCUCUAGUCCUGGUUCAGUCAGCAGCAGCUCUUUGGUUCAGCAGCCCUCUAUACCCAAGGCAGCAACCACUGAAGGAUCAGGUGUACAGAAAAAACAGGUUGUUACAUUUUCACAAGAGCCAUUUUCUAAACCUGGAGAAUUUAAAAUAAAAAUCUCAGAUGUCCUUACUGGAAACAACAAGGAAUUCAGUUCAGGUAUAGCAUCAAAGCAUGUGGCAGAAGGGCAGAAAAUCAUAACAUUAGAUACAGCAACUGAAAUAGAGGGGCUAUCCACAGGCUGUAAGGUUUAUGCAAAUAUCGGUGAGGAUACAUACGACGUAGUCAUUCCUGUAAAGGGUGAUUCUGAGGAAGGCGAAGCCAAGCUUGAUGAAACUCCUAAAACAUCUGCUGGUGAUUCUCCAAACAGAAAACGCAUGAAAGUAAAGCAUGAUGACCAUUACGAGCUCAUAGUGGAUGGAAGAGUCUACUACAUUUGUAUUGUGUGCAAGAGAUCAUAUGCGUGUCUGACGAGUUUACGGAGACAUUUUAAUGUUCAUUCCUGGGAGAAGAAGUAUCCGUGUCGGUAUUGCGACAAAGUUUUUCCUCUUGCAGAAUACCGUACAAAGCAUGAAAUUCACCACACCGGUGAGCGAAGGUACCAGUGCUUGACGUGUGGCAAAUCUUUCAUCAACUACCAAAUUACAGCCUCCCACAUAAGAUCAGUUCAUAGCCAAGACCCUUCUGGAGAUACCAAGCUUUAUCGAUUGCAUCCUUGUAGGUCUUUGCAGAUCAGACAGUAUGCGUACAUUACUGAUCACUCAAGCAGUAUACCAGUAAUAAACGAGGGUGGAAUUGUUUAUCGUGUUGGCACAGGGAAGGAGGGCACUGAAGGAACAACAUCUAACCCUCCAGCCAAACAAAUUACCUGGGAUGACAUUUUCAUUCCACAGGGAAAUGAAGCAAUUUUUAAACAAAAUCCAUCAGAGGGAAGUACUGAAUUUGAGUUUGUAAUACCGGAAUCUUACUGAAACGCAUUAAAUGCUGGAAAAAGGAUUCAGUGCAGAAAUACUGCAGCUGUUUUAAAUGAGCUGUUAAAAUCACUGUAAAUCAAAUGUUAAAGUGAAAACAAGUUAACUUGUUCUACCAAGUCAUCAAAUGGUAGCACUUGGAUGGAUCAUUAGUAGCUGCAAGUGAUUUGUGGAAGCAAUUAAUCUGAAAGUUUACUUGAAUAGAGAAUAAGUUAUUUCCAAGGAGCUGGCAGUGUUUUCUGGUAUGUUAAUUUUGAUCGAAAUGUGGGGAUUUGUAGCUUGAAAAGGUACAAUUUCUUCUAAAGAGCUAGAAAUCUUUCCUCUAAAGUAAUUGAGGUAUUUCCUGUACUCAUGCUUACUCUGUAAACCCUUUAUUUCAUGUUAGCACUUUAAUGCUGAAUUGUGUUUAGACGUUAAUCAAGAAAACAGAUUUUUUCAUCAUAGUCUCUUGAAUAUGGAACUAUUUUAAAAAAAAAAUCCCACAACUCAUAUUUAUUUGCGAACAAUGUAUUACUGCAAGGGUGCAAAAUAACUGUUCCAGUACUUCGAAGUAGUGUAUUUUUGAACUAGCAUCUUAGUUCUGCUUUUAUAAGCACUGUGAAUCAUCUGUCUUCAUGCAAAUAGUCUUGCCAACAAGAGAGACUCAGUUAGGGCUAACCUGAACAAACUUUAUUUAUACUUGGCAGUACGGUGAGCAGAGUAUUCAGUGUCUGGACCAGUAUGUUUUACUCUUUUUGCAACGGGGGGGAAAAAAACCCCAAAACCACAAAGCUCAAUAGUGAAGAAGCUUAGAAUACUGAGGAAGGAGAUAAUUUUGCCUUUUCAAAGCUUGAGGAAUGUUAGGCUUUCUUACUACUGGAAAAGAUGCCAGUAGUUAGUUUGGAAUAAAGUGCUGUUCCUUUUUUUGCUCUUCAAGAAGAAGGGUUUCAGUCUCGUAUCUUAAAAAAAGUAGUACUUAUGAUAAAAGUAAUACUUUUUUUUUUUUUAGCUGAAGGCUUUGAAAUUUACUUCUCAAAACUAUGAAAUAAUCUAAGUGCUGUAUCGGUUUAGCACUGAGACUGCUGAGGAUCUUGUAUGCCUAUUUGGCUAGAUCUUUAAGUGAAACAGGGAUUUGGAUUUCCCCUCUCCCCUUUAUAGGGUGUGGAAGCACGAGGACUAAACCGACACUCAAAAAAUACCCUCUAUCCACCAUAAUCCAAAGUAUCGUUUCUCUGCAGUUGUCUAGUUGUCAUCUGUUUUCAGUUUUGCGUUUAUUAUAUUGUCCUUUUUUUCUCCUUACAAUUGGUACAUGUUUCGGCACUUAGAAGAUAAAUUAGAUGUCCAGCUUGAACAGGAAACAGUAGAUCUGAGAAAAACAAAGAGCUGUUUACUGGAGUCAUAGUUUAGCAUUUCAGAUGUAGUCACUUGUUGAAUUUUUGUAAAUGGUAAUAUGAAAACUGCUCAAGUUCUAGAGAUGACUGAGAAAGAUCGUCGUGCAUAGUACUACUUAGUUACCGUAACCUUUCACUGCUUGAAUUACGGUUCAAGGUUUUUCUUUUCUCUUUCAUGUUUUAAGUAAACAUCUUGAUCCUAAGACCUUCAAGGUAAGGUUUUUAGACAUACAGUACUCUAGACAGAAUGACAUUUCAAUGCUAAAUUGUUCAAAUACAACUUGAGCUAUAAAAAAAGGGUACCAGAAAUCUGUAUGAGUAACGAUGGGAGAAAGAGGAGGAUUUGUUUACCUUACGCAUGUAAUGCUCAGCACUUCUGUUUUGUAGGCCAAGAACACGAUACACAUGGUUAUUUUCAGAUCAGAUUGCCGACCCCUUUGAACAUAAUGGGGUAUGCUUUCCAGUGUUACCGGUUGGAUGUUAGAAUCCGAGAUGGCGUUUCAGCAGUCAAACAUCAUUCUCACGAGACAUAAGUAUUGAUUGCCUGUAUUAGCACGGGUGGCUCUGGCGUAGCUGGCUGCCUGCUAUAUUGAGACUUCCCGAACUUUUUGACAAGAAGAAUACAAUGUUAUUUUUGUUAUUGACAUGAUACAUCUGGAGUUAAGCAUACAUUGCAAAGUGUACAUUCAGUAAUGAUUAAACGUAAUGGCUAUCAAUAUUUGCUGCUGAUAUAUUUAAAACCUUAAAUUAAACUGUGCCUACUAAAGGUCUCUUUUUGGAGGAAAACUGGAAAAUUAGGGCUUUGUAACUAUUUUUGCUAGAAGACUCUUGCUUGCAUGUGUCUCAGGGUCUUCAGUUUUCCUUGGAAGUGAUUUUUGAUAUCCAAAGUCCAGAGGUCAUGUAAAGCAUUUUUUAAUUUCACUUCCAGUAUUUAUUGGUUUGGAAACAUGUUUAAAUCCAUUCUUUUAAAACUUUUUAUGGGGCCAUGAGGUUUUAUAUUUAGAUUUCUGGCUAUUGCACUUAUAUUUGGGUUUUUGUUUGUUUUUGUAAACACUUAGCUUCCAGUUUAACUUAAUGAAAAACCUUAUGUAAAUAUUAAAAAGAUUGGCUUUGGGGUAAUGGACGAAAAAGAUUGAAUCUGAAAAAGCAUUUAUAUAAAAAUUUCAACAGAGUAUGGUAGCAAACCUCACAGUCAUUUAUAUGCAUAUAAAAACAUUAACGGAUCUGCUGCAAAAUAUGGUAACGGUGGCUGCAUCCUCACUGUAUGGUUUCUUUGGGGAUUCAUACCAUAGCAUUCCAGUAUGUGAAUUAAACAAAUAUUGAAAUUACAAUUGCUUAUUUAUUUUGUACUGUUAAGGCAUGCAGCUUAUAGUCGUCAGCUUCUGCAUCUUUUUAUAUACAUUGAACGCUGGGUUCUGCAGCUAUUGCCUAGGAACUGUUCCAUGUGAAACAUUUAUCACUUUGCCAGAUCUGUAAUGUAUAUAGCUGUACAGUCUUUCCUUAACAUACUUUUUAAAGUUGUGUUCUACUUUUCAUUAAUCAAUACUUGAUAUUAGUUCUUAGAGCUUUCUAUGGCAAAAAAAUAAAAAAAGUUUAAUUCUAAAGAAGAUGUAGCAUGUUUCUUUUUAAUGACAACGCAGCUUCUACAGUCUAACAUGUUAGAUUACCAACGGUUUGUAGCUUCCUUUUCCAGGUCUUUGGGAAUAGCAGGGAACCCCCUGCGGGGGGGAGGCGUUUUUAUUUGGGGCUUAGGUUUUUUGGUGGUGUUUGUUUGGAGGUUUUUUUGUUGGUUUGGUGGUUGGGUUUUGUUUUUUUUUUUGGUUGAGCACUUUCCAAGAAAGCGAAUUAGCCGAAAAACUCUACUGUGGAUUGUGAGCUGAAUGUUGUGGUAUACGCUUACCCAGAAUAGGCGGAGCUGCUGUGGAACAGUCUGUCCAACUACUAUGGUCACUGCAGAUGAGCUAGAAAUGAGGAAGAACAUACAUAGUGACCAGUGCAAUGCACUUCAGCUAACUCGUGGUUAGGGCUCCUCUUCUUACCAGGUUGCGGACCAGUUAUGAUUUGGAAGAGUUGGAUUGUUGGUGAACCAUGGCUAACGUGGAGAAAAUUAGUUACUUCAUGUAGACUUAGUACAGGUAAGGAAUGCAAUUUAAUAAGUAACAUUAUCAAAUGAAGUUUUAGAUGCCUUUAUCUCCUUGGCAUAGGGCUUCCACCUACUUCUGCUAACAUCAAUGAGCAGCUGAUAUCAUCAGGAUAGAAUUAGGCCCAAAGUAAUACAGUAAACAUGAAAGUAAGUAAAGGAGACACUGACACUGCACUAGCUGGAUUAUUUGCCUCUGUGUUAAGCAAAAAAUCAGCAGUAAUGACUUUACAGUGACUGAAGUCAGGGCACCCUGUUACGUGGGUAGAACUGCAGAAUUAUGAAGUGUGGGGGUAUCUGGGGCUUUUAAAAACAGAACUUUUAAAAAAAGAAAAAAAGGUGUCUCUGGCUAACCCUGGUAGAAACACCAGUUUCCAAUGUAGCAAAUACAAUCUUUUGGGUGUUUUCUUUGGUUUUGGUUUAGUUUUUUUUUAAAUGCACGAUGCCAUGAUACUGGAAUUCCUCAACUAACAUUAAAGAUGCUUGUAAAACAGGAAAGUUGCUAAAAUGUAAAAUGCAAUUUAUAAAUGUUUACAAAAGUCACACAGUUUUAUUUAACUUUGGUAAAGUAAUAAAAGGGUACAUAUGAGUCACAAUCUUGACAUUCUUGUAAGAAAUGAUGAAUACAGUGCAGAAUGUUGCAUUUACAUUAAACGCUUAGUUUUACUGAAGCAGAAGGACACGGGUAAUUCAACAGAAAAUCCCACCAGUAAUUUUUUGAAUGUGAAAAUGGACUUGUCCUUUUAUAGUGAAUUUAAAGCAGCAAUGUAAUUUUUGCUUAAAUAUUCCUUAAAAAAAAAAAAGAGAAUUUGGAUAAUUUCCAAAUUACUAUUUCCAAUUUCAAAAUUUCCAAGUUUAGUAUUUGUCAACUCAAAACCAAUGACACAAUUAUUUCCUAAUUGUUUCCCUGCCACUAAGUUAUGUUCCCCUCAUGAAUUUCUUAGUCCUGUCCUGUAGUGUCCCCUAGUCCUUCUAGCCCUAUUUAGUUGACAGGCACAAAUGGUAGAGUAUGUUUGUCAGAAGUGGGACACGACUGUUUGCUUUUAUUUCAAAGAUGGAGCAAUAAAAUGUUUUCUGAUAUUAAAUUAAUGUGCCCUUCUGAUUCUAGUUUUGUGGGGAGUUUUAUCAGGAGAAGUACUGCCUAUUUUGAAAUUGUCCAUGAUCUCUUACAAGAUUUACUUCAGGAAAAUGUAAUAUAAAAUGGAUGAAGCCCUAGUAUAUAAAUUUAUUUCCAGUAUGCAAAUUUAUAGGAGCUGCACUUCAACAAUCUAUCGUAAAACAAAAUGUCACCAGGAUAUGUUCUGCAUACACUACUGCUUUAAAUCCCAUGAGUUGUAUUCCCUUUUCCAGCCAUUUCUUUGUUCCUGGAGAAAAGUUACGUUUGCUUCUGGAUAAAGUGUCAUCCUUUAGCUUAUUAAUAUACUGACUAGUAUUUGACAGUGGAAAUGAUAAGGUUAA